AUGUCAAAGUCAUGGAAAUCGACGCUGAGGCUGCCCCGCUCAAGCUUCCCAGCUCGACCAAAUCCAAAGUUCCAACAGCAACUCCUGCGCGACUGUACGGACGGCUACUACAAGUGGCAGACAGACAAUAGACCCAAAGAGAACCCGUUUGUGCUUCACGAUGGCCCGCCAUAUGCCAAUGGGCCGCUCCAUGCCGGCCAUGCGAUCAAUAAGACCCUCAAGGACAUGAUCAACAGGAUACAGGUGCAAGGAGGUAGACGAGUCAUGUAUAGGCCGAGCUGGGACUGCCAUGGCCUUCCCAUUGAGAUGAAAGCUCUCGGCGAGAGCGGCACAAAGGGACUGAGCCCGCCCAAGAUUCGAGAGUCUGCGAGGCGCCUGGCAAGCAAGACGAUUCUGGACCAGAUGAAGGGAUUUCAGUCGUUUGCAGUUGCGUCUGAAUGGGACAAUAAAUGGACUACCAUGGACCGGGCCUUUGAGAUCCGACAGCUUCGCGUGUUCCAGAAGAUGGUCCGCAGCGGCCUCAUAUAUCGCAAGCACAAGCCGGUUUACUGGUCGAUAUCGUCACGCACGGCUCUGGCCGAGGCGGAGCUGGAAUAUCGCGACGAUCACGUAUCGACUGCCGCCUAUGUUAAAUUCCCCAUCAUGUCUGACUGGAGCUCGAUUCCCGGAUUGAACGAGUUUAAAGGACAACUGUAUGCUGCCAUCUGGACAACUACCCCCUGGACGCUUCCUGCCAAUAAGGCGAUCGCUGUGCACGACGAGCUCGAAUAUGCGUUACUGCAAGUUGGGAAUGAAGGGCUCUUGGUCGCGGAGAGCCGUAUCGAAGAGGUGCAAAAGAAUAUACCCUCCGCAGUGCUCGUUGCGAAAUCGAUUCCUGGUUCACAUUUAAAGGGUCUACAAUAUCGGAAUAAGCUGAGGGGGGCUUCCUCUACUUUACAGCCUAUUGUUCACGCUGAUUUUGUUUCUGCUGAUUCAGGAACUGGGCUGGUUCACAUGGCGCCCGGGCAUGGACAAGAGGAUUAUCAAGUGUGCUCGGCGUUGGACAUUGAGGCUUUUGCACCUAUUACGGAUGAAGGCUACUUUACUCCUGAGGCUUACCCGGAUGACCCUGAAAAACUAACGUCUGCACCCUCUAUUCUUGACGGUGGAAGCCAAGCUGUACUGAAUCUGGUUGGUGAGGAUGUGCUCUGGACUCAUAAACUUCAACACAAGUAUCCAUACGAUUGGCGCACCAAGAAACCAGUCGUUAUUCGCGCUACAGCACAGUGGUUCGCAGACGUCGGCAGCAUCAAGGAAGACGCCUUGCAGGCAUUGAGCAAAGUGCGCUUUGUCCCAGAGUCUGGCAAGGUUCGUCUGGAAAGCUUUGUCAAAGGUCGAAGUGAAUGGUGCAUAUCUAGACAGCGAUCUUGGGGCGUGCCUAUCCCGGCCCUUUACGAUGAAGCUGGAAACGCAGUCAUGACGGAUGAGUCUAUCGAACACAUCAUUUCUGUCAUGGAACAAAAGACAUCGGACGCUUGGUUUUCGGAUAGCGCAGACGAUACGACUUGGAUUGAACCAUCGCUAAAAGGAAAAUAUCGCCGUGGAACUGAUACCAUGGAUGUUUGGUUUGACAGCGGAAGCAGCUGGACAGAGAUUGGACGUCCUGUGGAUGUCUACCUUGAAGGCUCUGAUCAACACCGAGGCUGGUUCCAGUCAAGUCUCCUGACAUUUGUGGCUGCUCAAACAGCAGAUGGCAAGUCUGGAGCUGACAUUGCUGCACCAUUCAGAACACUCGUUACACAUGGCUUUACGCUUGAUGCGCAGGGCAAGAAGAUGUCCAAGUCUCUAGGAAACACCAUCGGUCCUAGUGAAAUCAUGGAAGGCAAGCUUCUGCCUCCGCUUAAGAAUAAAGGAAAUGAUACUGUUACGCGAUAUGAUGCGCUUGGCACCGAUGCCCUGCGGCUCUGGGCAGCAAGCAGUGAUUUUACAUCUGAUAUUCUAGUGGGAGCAUCCAUCUUGCAACCCAUACACAGUGCACUGAUCAAAUACCGUACAACGCUGAAGAUGCUCCUUGGAUCACUACAUCAGUCUGCGCUUCAAGCACCGUUGACAAAGCUUGACCAGAUUGCCAUUUUGCAGCUUCAGGAUGUCAUGGCCCAAGUCUGGGAGGCAUAUGGCAACUACGAAUUCCAUAAGGCUACGGGUUUGAUUAACCGAUGGAUUGCGACGGAUCUCUCCGCGUUUUACCUGGAGGCGCUGAAAGAUCGCCUCUACUGCGGCGACGGGGGCGGUGUUUUGGUGCCCAUCUUGAUCGGAUUCUUGCGAAUGCUGUCACCGAUAACGCCGAUGCUGGUGGAGGAAGCCUGGUCUCACAGGCCAACAUGGAUGGCAGAAGAUUUGUCAUUCGAGAAUCCGGCACGGCAGCUUUAUAACUCACGUGUGAUUGAUCCCGCGCGCUUGACAAUGGAUCAGGCGCAACUUCGUCUCGACUUGCCUAUCCUAUCUGCCGUGCACGACGCAGUCAAGGCGGGGUUGGAGCAGGGCCGAGAGUCGAAAGCCCUCGGCAGCUCGCUCCAAUGCUCCGUCAACAUAUCCGUGAAUGAUGACCGACUGGCGGGCGUGUUGAAGGAGUACCUGGACGAGCUGGACGCCAUGUUUGUGGUGUCAUCGGUGGAGUUGAACAGCCCCCUUGCGCCUGAGAGUCACGACUGGUGCUAUUCAAGGGAGUUUGCAGUGGACGGCGUGCAGGGCGUUGUGCAUGUGCUGCCGCCAAAGGGGAGCAAGUGUUCCCGGUGCUGGAAGUAUAUUGCUGAAGAGGAGGAAGGGCUGUGCGGACGAUGCGAUGAGGUUGUGGCAGCCUGA